ACGUCUAAAAAUUGCAAGUGGAAAAUCGUGAAUGAUGAAACUUUUGCAGAGCACAAAGUUUCUGGUUAGCAACAGCGAUCGUUAUGGCCUAAACCCAAGGCUGCUGAGCCGGAGUUGCCUAGCGAAUAAGAUCAGUAAACUAAAGCCGCUGAUUAACAAGCUGGAUUGGUUGAAUGACACGGACUCACUGUUCCGGGCCUAUUGGAGUUACUUUGCCAGCGGCUGCAAGAAGCGGCAACUGGACAUACGUCGUCGCAUCGAGCAGCAUGCUGACUUUGUGCAACAGAUCAAGGAUAAGAAGGCUGCCUCGUUCCUCAACCUCUUGACCCACAACAGGCAGCCUUCCUCCCCUGAAACAACUGAAUCGAAUCUAUCCGCAGAGAGUGCAGCAAAUGAUAUAUAUAAGGAAUUUGUGGAUUGCUUUCGUCGCAGAUGGAGCAGCAGUAAAGUGAAACAUCGCAAACAUGACCGCUCGCGACGCUCACAAUUUUCGGCGCGGAAACGUGAGGUUGAUGAUGCUUUGAAGAGACUCCAGAAUACAAAUAAUCCCUAUGAUAUCGAGCAAAUCACACAGAAACUGAACCGUUUGAAUCAACUGCAAUCGCAGCAUCAAUCUCAAUCCAUCCCCCAAAGACUGAUUAGGACAAAAAUAUAUGAGGACUCCUCGAACAAUUCCGCAAAGGUUGCAAAACAACAAGAACUGGUAGAAGAUACAAAUAUUAGACCCAAGCCAAAAGGGGAAAAGUCAAGCGACAACUUUGCAGGAAAUCAUCCACGAAAGUUGAGAAAAUUAUUGGGGAAAACUAAGAAAAAAGCUAAAACCAGACAAAAAGAAUAUGAUAAAGUUGAACAAGACUCGAAUUACACAAUGGCGUCAAUUGAUAUGUUACGUAAGUCUCAACUUAAAGAUGAACUUCCCAAAAGAUUUUCUAAACAAAGAAAACAAAAGGAAUUCGUGGAUACUAAACCCGAGAUAAUAGCAGAACUCUUCAGAAAACAUAAUCAGAAUAAAGAAUAUGUUGAGGAUGAACAAGACUCGGAUAACACAAUACCAUCAAUUGAUAUGUUACCCAAACCCCAAGUUGAACUUCCCCCAAGAUUUCCUAAACAUCUAAAAGCAAAACUUUUCAGAAAACGCGAAAAUGAGCAAGUUCAGAAAAAAGAUAAGCAACCAAAAGCUAGUACAAGAAAAAGAGAAAGAGAGAAAGGAAGGAGAGAAAAUGAGAAUGCAUACGGGAAUACAAUUGAAGAACAAUUUAAUAUGUUUACAUCUAAAAUUACCAAAAGGAUAAAAUCAAUUCCAGGAAAAAAAGACCGGCAUUCAUUAAAAUCCACAUUAUCAUUAUCAUCAAAAGAGCCGACAAAAAUUGAAUCCCUUCGGCAGUUACCUUCAAAAACUAAGCAUCACAGUUUAAAUAGAAUUUCUAGUUUAAUAAGUGAAAAGAUCAGUAUUCAUUCGUUUGGAAGUUUGGAAGAAGAAUCACUCAUACCUGAGGAAAAAAUCAAUAAUUAUAGAUUAUGUAAAACGGGCACGAACAUUUCGCGAAUCGGUAAAAGGAAAGAGCAUAUCAAUAAUUUUAAGCUAUAUUCUUUUUACAGAAAUGUCAAAUAUAAUAAUCCAUAUAAGCUGAGGAAAACUAACGUCAGUUUAUUAAAAAAAGUUGAGAAAUCGGAUGCGAAAAUCGAAGAUAAAAUUGAACAAGGGAGUUCGCAUAGGUCGGUAAAAGCACGGAAAAGCGUGGAUGAGCAAGAGGAAUCGAAUCCACCGUACACAGAUCUGCUCACUGAACUUAUGAAGUACAAGAACAUAAUGCAAUCACUUAAGACGAAUGGAGAACUUGCACAAGAAGGUAAGCCACAAACCGAAGUGAAAAAACCCAAACCCAAAAGGAAGUCACCAAGGAAAAUCAGUGAAGAAGCGCCAGUGGAAUUGCCAAAACCGGAACCAAAGACCAAUUGCACCAUGUGCGAUCAGCUGAGACGACGUCCGCCGACGCGUAAGCAUUCCUACAUGCAACAGAUGCAACGACAACUCAAGAAUCUUGAGCUCCGUUUCUACUACAAUCAGAUGAUGCAGCGCAAUUGCCAGCUGGAAAAGCAGCGCCAGGAGCGAGAGCAUCAUGCCAAGGACUAUCUACUGUGUCCACUCUGAUGAGUAACUGUAGAUAGUGUCCGAAUCCUCAAAGUGCAAGUAGUUCAUUCAACUACUCAGCCUGCUGUGCCCAGACAUUCAUUAUUCAGUCAACAGGCCAUUUCGUGUGCGAAUUGCGCUUGAAUUUGUAUACAAAAUUAAACAGAAUUUGCACGCGAUUUGGUCUGUUGUCUGUCUAAGUGAUAAGCUUUAAAUUCAUCCCAUAAUGGCGACAAUUAUUUUUAAUAUUCUAUUUGAAUUUGUCCAAAAUAAAUUUUAAUAAAAAAAUAAUUUCAUGUUAGCGAAUGAGCUCGAUUGCGAUUU